CCGGGGCCGCCCGCUCCGCUUCGCCAAGCUUCGCCCGGCCCGGCCGCUCUGGCUCCGGCCGCCCCUCCCUUCUCCUCCCUGCCGGGGCGCUGGCGGCUCGGCGCCGCGGCGCGGCAGCGGUGCGGCCCGGGAGGCGCGGGCGCGGCGGGCCCCGGCCCCUCAGCCCUGCCCCUGCCCGGGGCGCUGGGCCGCGGGUACGGGCGGGCCGGGGAGGGAGCCCUGACCGCCUCCCGGAGCGUCCCCUCACCGGGACGGGCGCGGUGCUUCCCAGGCCUGGAGCCGAGCCUGCCGUGGGACCAGCUACCGGCACCGGCCCGGCCCGGCUCUGGGUCCCUUCCCCGGAAAGGAUGGGGGAAAAACGGCCUAGUUGGGGCUGAGUGAUGAAAAACGACCCGAGUUUUGGAAAUGCCGGUUGGUUCGACCGAUUCUGGCCUGCCACCAGCUCCGGCACAGCUGCCUGCAGUGCUGCAGCAGCCCAGCCCCGGGGUUUCCCCUCAGAAACCCACUAAAGGCUUACACUGCCAGCCGGGUGACUGGUAAUACCAGAUUUGUGUCAGGCAGUAAGAGGCACGUUUGAGAGUUAUUAGUAAAACUAAAGAUUGGAUGUAGUCUCUAAACUACUUCUGGGUGUCCCUCUAAAAUCUGUCUUGUUUCUCCACGUAAUUCUCCUGAUGGAAGACCAGCUGGGGUUCCCUUUCUGCUGUUCAUGCUGAAUGGUUGCUUGGAGAGGUGGUGAAUGAGUGAAGAUACGCUUGGUGAUGGUUCAAAUGUGGGCAUUGCCCUGGAUGUGGUUGCUGCUGAUGCUGCCCCGGGAAAAUGCCUUGAUAGGGAAUUAACACCAUUCAGUGAUGGGCUGUGGGACAAGCAAAGUGCUUCCCGAGCCCCCCAAAGAUGUGCAGCUAGACCUGGUUAAAAAAGUUGAACCUUACACAGGCCACAGUGACAUAUACAAGCAUUUCAUCAAAGAUGACUGUGGGACUGUCAUCAAAGCUGGCUCUCCCUCACCUCCACGUCACACUAGUCCAUAUCCUGGGAACCACCUGCCUGCCCACGUGGACCAGCCCGAACCCCGCAAGAACAAAGUGGCUAAAUACCGUGCCAAAUUUGACCCCAGAGUGACAGCCAAGUAUGACAUUAAAGCUCUGAUCGGGAGAGGAAGUUUUAGCCGUGUUGUACGGGUGGAACACAAGGCUACCAAGCAGCCCUAUGCAAUCAAGAUGAUAGAGACCAAAUACCGGGAGGGGAGGGAAGUGUGUGAGUCGGAGCUUAGCGUGCUACGGCGGGUUCGGCACACCAAUAUCAUCCAGCUUAUUGAGGUGUUUGAGACCCAGGACCGUGUGUACAUGGUGAUGGAAUUGGCAACCGGAGGAGAACUGUUUGAUCGAAUCAUUGCUAAAGGUUCCUUCACCGAGAGAGAUGCUACGCGUGUGCUGCAGAUGGUGUUAGAUGGUGUGAAGUACUUGCAUACGCUGGGUAUCACGCACCGGGACUUAAAACCAGAGAAUCUGCUGUACUACCAUCCAGGAACAGAUUCCAAAAUCAUGAUAACAGACUUUGGACUGGCAAGUGCUCGGAAGAAGGGAGAUGACUGCCUGAUGAAAACCACGUGUGGGACCCCAGAGUACAUUGCUCCCGAGAUCCUGGUCAGGAAGCCGUACACGAACUCUGUGGACAUGUGGGCACUGGGUGUUAUCUCGUACAUUCUCCUGAGCGGCACUAUGCCCUUUGAAGAUGACAACCGCACGCGCUUAUAUCGGCAGAUCCUGAAAGGAAAAUACAGUUACUCGGGCGAGCCCUGGCCCAGUGUGUCCAACCUGGCCAAGGAUUUCAUCGAUCGUCUACUCACAGUGGACCCCAGUGACAGGAUGACAGCCCUUCAGGCCCUGAAGCACCCAUGGGUGGUCAGCAUGGCAGCCUCUUCCUCCAUGAAGAACCUGCACCGUUCCAUCUCGCAAAACCUUCUCAAGAGGGCGUCUUCCCGCUGCCAGAGCACCAAGUCUGCACAGUCCACCCGUUCCAGCCGCUCCACCAAAUCUAACAAAUCACGGCGGGUUCGGGAACGGGAGCUGCGAGAGCUCAACCUGCGCUACCAGCAGCAGUACACUGGCUGAGCACUGGGCUGGGACCUGCCAGGCGUCUUUCCAGAUGUCUUCUCUGCAGUGUAGCUGUGCAGUACCCUUUGCUGUGCACUCACUCAGCGAGAAACAUUCAGGUUCCUCCCUCCCUCCCUCCAGGUGUCCCCCUCAUCCAUGAGGAGGUGUCCCCCGCCCUGUGCGGAGGAAAGGAAACCUCGUGGUGGCCAUCCCACCCCGCAAGCUGUGCCACGGGGACUCAUUCAGGAAAUGGGGGAGCCCUUGUGGGCUCAGAGCACAGCUCAGACCCUCAAGUAAUACACAAAUUAAGGAGCCACGUGGGGAGAAGAGCUCUUUCUGUAGCCCAGGAGCUUGGUUGUUCAUAGUUAUUUAUUAAUACCAAAGUGUUAAAUUUCUGUCACUUGCAUAUGAACAAAAAAUCACUUUAUGUGUAUGUACAUGCAUGUAUGUGUAUGCACAUACAUGGGUGGGUGUGUAUAUGUAUUUAAAAAUUAUGUAUACACAAAUUUUGAGCUGGUUUAGUCACUCUGUGGUGCCUUUGCAGUGAAGCUGGUAUGAGUCACAUGCAGAUGGAAGUAGGAUAGCUCUGACUCACUGGCGUGCUGCCCACCAGCUCCUCGCCAAAGAGAUGCCAGACAGCAGUUUUCCGUGACGGCUGGGAAGCUGCGAGGUUUCCCCCAAGGGCUGCCGUCCGCCUGAUGACGACAAGGGUUUACUCAAGCUGUAUGAGAUCUGCCAUGCAAAUUGGCAACCAGGCUGAAGUGUUGCGAGCCCAGAGCUGGAGUCCGAGUUCCUUUGAUCCAGACUGGGUGGGCGCUCCUGAUGGAGGGGUGGGAAGAGGAUCAUUGUCCUGCAGGAACUUCACAGUACGCAAGAGAUAUCUUUAGUAAGGCAGGUUUUUUUGGGGGUUCCUUGCUGUCCCGCUUGAAUUAUCCUUCCCCUGUUUGCUGCAAGACCAGUGCCUACCAUGCAGGGUUUGUUGUUCUUGCUGUGAUAUGGCCCUGUCAUGUCUGUGACCUGUUAGAUGUCUUGCACCCUUCAGAGUAGUGUUACUGACCAUGUCACUUUACCAAAACUUUGGUGGUUCCAGGUAUUGCUCCCUGUCUGCAGAUUUUUCGGGGCUUCCCUGCUUUGCAUGCCUGUUCUGCCCCAGUACUGCCAUCCCUUCUCUGGGACAGUGAAGUGGUGGUGGGAGCUGUUGGGAUGGCCACGAAUGGCUCCAUAGCAUAAGGGUAGGGGCUUGAGUAGUGGAGGUCUGAUCCUGGAGUGUCAGCAGUGAUUAUCACUGGAGAUGUUGCACAAACACCUUAGAGCUGUUAGGUGUGACUUAAAUCCAACAGGAAAAAGCUGCCUGUCAGGUUUCCUUGUACUGGAUAUGAUGUGGGUGAUGUGGGGGCCUCUUGUGAAGGGACGUCUUGGGGAAGAUGGGUGCUGUAGAACUGAGCUUUGUGCAAGCCUGGUGAGAUAUCUUCCAAACUAGUCAGAGCAGCAGAGCGGGGCUGUUGGCACAGUCUCGGGGUGAAUUCAUCUUCUUGUGAUAGCAGAGACAAGAUCUGCAGUGAAGGUGAAUGCUGGUUUUUGAAGCUUUUCAUACAAAGCCAUACGGUUUGCUUCAUACUGUACGCUUGGGAAGUGCUUGCUUAGCUCUGGGCUGGAGGUGCAGGCUAUGCAAGUUCAAGGGUCUGGCGAGCAUGGCCUUUCUGUGCAAGAUUGAUGUCUGUGCUGCUGUGUUUUAGCGUCAGCAAGGUUUUAAGUGGUCGUUCACAUCUCCAGGGAGCUCUAACUCCACUGGCUGCAGCUCCCCUUGGUCAGCAAACAGCAAAGCAGCACAGCUUUGGUGGGAGAAGACUGAGUUUUCUGUGCUAAGGAGAAAAAAAAGGGAAUUUCUAGGGAUGUGCUUCCCACCCCAAAGAUGGGAUGGGCACACAGCUCUGUGUGCCCAAGCCUGCGAUGGGGAAUAGGCUGGAGGAAACCUGAGGACAGCCAGUAUGUGUAGCAGGGGUGAAUUCUAAAUCCUUUGCAUGGUUUUGCAUAUAGUUUUGAAAACUCUGGAUCCUUUGCAGGCUGCCCUUUCUCUGAGUGGACAUCCUACCAUAUCAUACACAGUCUUUCUUCCAUCAGCAUUAACGGAUACCACAGGAUUACCAAAAAUUGGGGUUUUUUUCAACUCUGUGGACUGCAAAAAAAAAAAAAGUUUCUUCAGCUUCCUUUACCUUCUCAUGUAGUUUUCCCUGGUUCGUUACCAUGAACUAUAAACUAGAUGUAAUUUCUGAUUUCUGACACGACAGGCAGCUUGCCACAUUUUGCUUCAUAAAGAAUUCAGUGCCCCUCAUAUUACUGCAAACAGCUCUCCAAAAGCAGCAACCACUCUAAGACAAGUAUCAACUGGAAAAUUGUUCUUACCCUGUACGUUAAGAGAUGGCAGGAUGCUCUCUCAGAGGGCUUCUGAUUUUGAGCCGUUAUUCAUAAGAGUAUUCUGCAUGUUCGGAGCAUCACACCCAGGCACUGCGAUUUCUUUUACCUCCUGGGUGCUUUCGUGGCCCUCCCCAGAUUACCUUGCAUGUUUAUCCUUAAAAUAGGUAUUUUGCCUAUACAAGGAGGUCAAACUGAUUAACUAAGCCAAGACCUCUAGAACCUGAGACCCUUCCCUUUAACCACUUGACCAUCAAAAUGCACAGGCGUUGUGCAGAUGUCUACCCGUGCUGUUCCUUCAUGCUUUCCCUCAUGGGAGAGAAAUGGAAGUGGAGAGGAGGUCAAGAUGUUGAGCUCUGGUCUGACCAGGCUUGUUUCUUCACCUUCACAAAGCAGAACAAGAAUCUUCUCAUGUGUGACAAUUUUUGCUUUGUUGCUCUUUUCAGCAAUUGGGUUUUCACCAGGAAAAGUUCAGAGUGAUGUCGGUCAUGGUGAGUUUAGGGUGGAAUAUGUUUUGGGAAGCAAGAUGUUGCUAUAUAGGUUCCUGACAGUAUCAGUUUUCUGUGAUGAUACACUACGACCGGGAGGUGAAUGGGCAGAAGGGAAGAUCCUUCACAUACGUGAGCAAUACUGGAUAGCUGCAACCUGCCUCCUUGUAUGGAGAUGCUUGUGGUCCUCAGGCAUCCCGUUACUAGGGAAUUGCACCAAAGAGGACCAAGUCCAUCCCAUAAGGGGCUUUGGCUUUUCCAGAAAAAGAACUCUAAUUCUCUUCACAAAUGCAAUGUUUUCUUGUUUGCAUGGAAAAAUCAAUGUAAACAUGGAGAAAAUCUUUACGGGCUUUCCUUCCAUCAUUUGAUUAGAACACUCUUGGCUUAAUCCCUCUUCUUUUUCUAAAUUCAGUAUUUGCAGGAACUCUUAUACCCAGACAAUAACAUGUGUGGGCAGAGGGGAGAGGAGUGGAGCUGUGUCCAGGUGUCCCUUGAAGUCCUUGGUGAUCUUUCUGUUUUCACUCUGUCUGGAAAACUGUGAUGGUCCAAAUGCUAUGUUGCAAGGUCCAUCUUAAGAACAAUUCCUUGGGUGCUUUUAUCCUUGCAAUUGUGGCACAUUUUCAGCUGGGUCUGGUGUGGGGGUGGGGCGUGGACAGGCAAAGUGCUGUGAUUUUGAGCUGUAGUUCAGGUGCCUUCAAUCAGUCCUCUAAGAAGCUCUUCACUGUGAAUUAUCUUGAUCGUCUGUCUUCUGGUGCAUCUCAGUUUAUCUUAAGUCUCAGGAGUUUACACUUUUCAGGAGUGUCUUGUUUGGGGAUUUUAGAAGCUAAAAUCUCUGAAAUGUUUUUUCUGCUCUUCCGUUUCAAUUUUUAAAUCUUCUGCUUUGGCUUUUAAUGGUGAUUCUUAAUUUGGCUCACAGGGUUUUUUGGAAGACUUCCUCUGGUACUGAAUUAGCUGGGAGAACGCAGGUAACAAAUACAUGUUCCAGACCAUUGCUGAGUUGCAGUCUCUAUAUUAGCUGGGGUGCAAAUCGCAGAGUGCUUUUGUUUUCCGUACUUUUGUUCAUGCAAUGAAAAUGAAGUUGGAAUGACACCUAGUGGCAAACUGUAGUGUGUCCUUGUCCAAGUACAGCCCUCUUCUAGUUGCCUUCCCACUGUUUCAGUGUGAGAUGCUCUUACAAAGAGGAAUCUGGGUUUGGUGUGCUGAAUGAUGGUCUUGGACCACAACCUGCAGUCCUAGAUGUUCAGCAACCUUCUCAGUGUGGCACCGUUUUCUCCUAUACUGAUGCCGAAGAACACCAUCUUAGCCCACACAGGGAUGAGCAUGAGUCCACAUGCAGCCGCUGGAAAGGGUGCUGAAUGCUGGGGAAAAGACGUGUGCGGUAAACCCUGCAGUGUCUCAAGGAGAUGCUCACCAGCACCCUGCCUUGGGGAGACAUCUUAGGGGACACUAGGAGAAAACAAAGCCUAACGAUGCUGAGGUUGGUCUUGGUAGGUUUGGGACUUUCUCCCAUCAUGAGACAUGAUGGAGCAGCUCAGGGUGUUGCUUCCCAGAGUAUUCUGUUUCAGGGAAAUGCAGUUUUAUGGAGUAAAGGGAAUUAUGGUUGUUUGUCUUUUGGAACUUAGCAAUACUGUGUAAAACAAUCCCAUCAUUUUGUCCUGGGAGUUUGGCUGCUCUCCUGGGGGAGAGAAUUACGGCUUUAAAGAAUAUGGCCUGUUGAUUGCUUGAUUUUUUUUUUUUUUUUUUUUUUGAGGUUUAUGGGAAAUGAAUGUGAAAAGGUCUUCCAGAAACAACUUUAGGUGGUCUACAGGCUUGCAUCCAGAUUUUUGAGUAUGUAAUGUAUUCUUCUAUGCAUUUUGCUAAAACAGCAAUUAUGUGUCCCUCUUUGAUUUACUUCUCGCACUUCUCAAGCUUCUGAAGACCAACAUGUCAACCCAGUGGUGGUAGAACCCCCCCUUCCUUCACUCCAGAACAAGCCUGUGCUGUUUAACACUGAGACUGUAAUAGCAUCCAGAUGCUCCUGCCAGUUCCUGGACCAUGUUGUUCUUGGAAACAUGCAACCAUAUGUGAGGGACAGCUUUAUAGCCUUGUGACGAGAGUAAGUCCAGACAAAAGGGCUCUGACCUGCUGGCUUUGGUAGUGAUGUGGAAACCAGCUGCAGUGUAGGGCCUGUGUUACAUAUUUGUUUUGGAAAUGAUAAGCCCUCAAACUCUUAACUUCUUUGGAAUUUGGAUAUUUUCUUCUUUUAGGUCAGAUGUUUUUUGCUCUGGUAAUUUACAGUCUUUCUUAUACCCUGCUCCAUUUCUCAAUCCUGUUUUCUACCCGGGUGUUUGGCUGAAGUACUAAUAUAGUCAACUUUUAUGUAAUGCACAAACUGGAAUAGGAAUUGUGGUUAACUCCGCUACCGGGCAGCAACUCUGGAUUUGGCUCUGCUGGAGCCACAGUGAGUCCUGGAGCAAGGUAAAAGCAUCUGUACGGUGUCUUGCAGGUGGGAGAAGGCUCCCUUUGAGGACCCUGCAGUGCAGGCUCAGCUCAAGAUGAUCUUGUACAACAUAGGGGACAGCUAGGGCAUGGCUGUUACAGGCCUCUUACUAGACUGCAUGGGUCCAUAUUCCUAUUUCAAGUGAUGAUACUAAAGAUUCGGAGGGUUUGAGGCGGGCUAGAUUAAAAUCUCAAUUGUUUGACUUAAUUUAGUUUUCUAAAUGACGCAAAGCAACACAGAGAUAGGUUUGGGGGGGGGGGAUCGCACCCUCUGGAGGAGUUGCAAACUGUUCUUUGGUGGCAGUGUAUUCCAGAUGAGCCCUUGGAUUUGCAGGGAGGGUGGUUGUGUCCCGGCCUCUCACCAGCUCAGCUUCAUCCCAGAAAAUAUCACAAAGUGCCUGUACCACUUGGUGCUGGAUACCCAGUCCCAAGUUACUUACACCACUCUUGGGAGGUUUUUGGUGCUUUUUUUGACCACUCAGUCUCCUCUUUCAGCCUGGAUUAAGAAUGCAGCUCUUGGGUGCUCUGGAGGCAGGUGCCUGCAUGUUAGCUGUGCCUUACUGUGCAGGAAGUUUGCCAAAAAAAAAAAAAAAAAAAAAAAAUGUGAAGCAGCAGGGAUGCGCAGUAGCAACGGCAUCAUGGAGCUUGGUGCCUGCCACCCUCGGUGUCCCUGUGGUGGAGAGAGCUCUGCCUGCCUGAUGACAGUUUUUCCUUCUCCUGCUGUCCUCCCCUGCAUGGUAAUACUGUAGAUCCCUUGUGUGUGACGGGCAAGCUACUUGCUGCUGCUGCAAAUAUCAUUGCACUGUGUUUGUCUGCUGAAUGUGGAAGAGAUCUGUGGCCCCAAUGAGGUGUGUUAGAAAUGAGCGGCUCCUGCGUGGACGCCCAGAUGCCGUGAAUUUUCCUGUUGCCUUUCGCUACGGAAAGACGCCUCCCGGGAAGCUCUCAGGACCGGAGGUCUUCUGGCAGUUGCUGUUAUUUUUGGUCGCCAAAUUUCCGGUGCUUGGUUGGAGCGGUUUGGAAGUAACUCCAGUCGCGUCCCAUUAGUCUCCUAACGGGGCUGUUUUGAGAAGCAUCCAGUUCUGUGACUUGCGUUUUGAGUCCUGUCUUUACACUAAGGACUGUCCUGUAGGAUGAGGUCUGAACCGUUGUAAUUAGUCUGUAAUGUUACGAUUAGAGUGUACAGAAUUAUUUAUUUUGUGUAUUCAGUCUGCCAACAUGUAAAUGUAUUCUGUGUA